AUGAGCUGCGCCAAGUGCCGUACACGAACAUAUGUAGCUUACAUCUCGGCCUACCUGCCGGAGAUUCCCUACUACGUUCCUGCCGUGCUAGGAUACUGUCGGUGUAUCCUCCGGUGGCAGGUUGGUACAGGAGGGUAUCCUCUGGUGGCAAGGUGGUACAGGAGGGUACCCUCCGGUGGCAAGGUGGUACAGGAGGGUAUCCUCCGAUGGCAGGGUGGUACAGGAGGGUACCCUCCGGUGGCAAGGUGGUACAGGAGGGUACCCUCCGGUGGCAAGGUGGUACAGGAGGGUACCCUCCGGUGGCAGGGUGGUACUGGAGGGUACCCUCCGGUGGCAGGGUGGUACAGGAGGGUACCCUCCAGUGGCAAGGUGGUACUGGAGGGUACCCUCCGGUGGCAGGGUGGUACAGGAGGGUACUCUCUGGUGGCAGGGUGGUACAGGAGGGUACCCUCCGGAGGCAAGGUGGUACAUGUACAGGAGGAUACUCUCCGGUGGCAGAGUGGUACAAGAGGGUACUCUCUGGUGGCAGGGUGGGUAUGCCCGGAAGCAGAAGCCCGGUACAGGAGGGUACUCUCCGGUGGCAGGGUGGUACAGGAGGGUACUCUCCGGUGGCAGGGUGGUACAGGAGGGUACUCUCGGGUGGCAAGGUGGUACAGGAGGGUAUCCUCCAGUGGCAAGGUGGUACAGGAGGGUAUUCUCCAGUGGCAAGGUGGUACAGGAGGGUACCCUCCGGUGGCAGGGUGGUACAGGAGGGUAUCCUCCGGUGGCAGGGUGGUACAGGAGGGUACCCUCCAGUGGCAAGGUGGUACUGGAGGGUACCCUCCGGUGGCAGGGUGGUACAGGAGGGUACCCUCCGGUGGCAAGGUGGUACAGGAGGGUACCCUCCGAUGGCAGGGUGGUACAGCAGGGUACCCUCCGGCGGCAAGGUGGUACAGGAGGGUACCCUCCGGUGGCAAGGUGGUACAGGAGGGUACCCUCCGGUGGCAGGGUGGUACAGAAGGGUACCCUCCAGUGGCAGGGUGGUACAGGAGGGUACCCUCCGGUGGCAGGGUGGUACAGGAGGGUAUCCUCCGGUGGCAGGGUGGUACAGGAGGGUAUCCUCCAGUGGCAAGGUGGUACAGGAGGGUACCCUCCAGUGGCAAGGUGGUACAGGAGGGUACCCUCCGGUGGCAAGGUGGUACAGGAGGGUACCCUCCGGUGGCAGGGUGGUACAGGAGGGUACCCUCCGGUGGCAAGGUGGUACAGGAGGGUAUCCUCCGGUGGCAGGGUGGUACAGGAGGGUACCCUCCGGUGGCAAGGGUAUGCCCGGAAGCAGAAGCCCGGUACAGGAGGGUACUCUCCGGUGGCAGGGUGGUACAGGAGGGUACUCUCCGGUGGCAGGGUGGUACAGGAGGGUACUCUCGGGUGGCAAGGUGGUACAGGAGGGUAUCCUCCAGUGGCAAGGUGGUACAGGAGGGUAUUCUCCAGUGGCAAGGUGGUACAGGAGGGUACCCUCCGGUGGCAGGGUGGUACAGGAGGGUAUCCUCCGGUGGCAGGGUGGUACAGGAGGGUACCCUCCAGUGGCAAGGUGGUACUGGAGGGUACCCUCCGGUGGCAGGGUGGUACAGGAGGGUACCCUUCGGUGGCAAGGUGGUACAGGAGGGUACCCUCCGAUGGCAGGGUGGUACAGCAGGGUACCCUCCGGCGGCAAGGUGGUACAGGAGGGUACCCUCCGGUGGCAAGGUGGUACAGGAGGGUACCCUCCGGUGGCAGGGUGGUACAGAAGGGUACCCUCCGGUGGCAGGGUGGUACAGGAGGGUACCCUCCGGUGGCAGGGUGGUACAGCAGGGUAUCCUCCGGUGGCAGGGUGGUACAGGAGGGUAUCGUCCAGUGGCAAGGUGGUACAGGAGGGUACUCUCCGGUGGCAAGGUGGUACAGAAGGGUACCCUCCGGUGGCAGGGUGGUACAGGAGGGUACCCUCCGGUGGCAGGGUGGUACAGGAGGGUACCCUCCGGUGGCAGGGUGGUACAGGAGGGUAUCGUCCAGUGGCAAGGUGAUACAGGAGGGUACUCUCCAGUGGCAAGGUGGUUCAGGAGUACCCUCCGGUGGCAAGGUGAUCUAGGAGGGUACCCUUCGGUAACUUUUAUGGUACCUUUAGGAGGGUAA